AUGCCGAUCAAUCCGCUCCCCCAAGUACUCUUCUUCGAUGUCUUUGGCACCGUCGUGGAAUGGCGCUUUUGUGUCACCAAGGCUCUAGUGGAAGCGGCCGAACUCGCCCUCCUUGACCCUGAAAAGCGGCUACCAGCGAACCUACACGAACGGGCAGAAGGCAUGACCUUUCGGGACUGGCAGGUCAUUGUUGAAGAAUGGCGUAAAUCCUAUGGCCAAUUUACGAGGAACUUUGACCCCUCGCAUGGCUUCGUCUCGGUGGAUGAUCAUCACUACACGGCAAUCCACAAGCUACUCCAGCAGCGAGGUCUCGAAGACUUGUUUACAGACGACGAGAGAUGGAACCUUGCGCUCUGUUGGCAUCGCCUGGAACCGUGGCCAGAUUCCGUGGAAGGUCUGAGGUUGCUGAAUCGUCGGUUUUGUACCUGCACAUUAUCUAAUGGCAACAUGUCCCUCCUGGAGGAUCUCCGGAACUACGGUUCUUUGCCCUUCACGGACGUGGCUAGUGCAGAGCAGUUUGGUGCUUACAAGCCAUCACCUCAGGUAUAUCAGGGAGCAGCCAGCCGGUUUGGCUUGGAAACUAGCCAGUGUGCCAUGGUAGCGGCGCAUUUAUACGACCUCAAAGCGGCGAAAGCUCUGGGAUUCUCCACUAUAUAUGUGGAACGAGCCCAAGAGGAGGCAUUUACUGCUGCGCAGAUAGCUGAAGCCAAGCAGGAGGGUUUUGUCGAUCAAUGGAUCAGUCUCGGCUCUGACGGCUUGAUUGAAGAAUUCAAAGUACAUCGCCAUGCAGAUGCAGACGGUCACUUCCGGCGCAAGGACUCUGUCUUCCGCUCGUUCGUAUCAGGGGGUCCCAACGCGUUAUUCCCUGCCGAGAAAAACCGCUACGUGCUAUACCUGAACUAUGGAUGCCCGUGGGCACAUCGGACCAACUUGGUUCGAUCGCUCAAAGGCCUUGAGGACCUCAUUCAACUGGUCGUCCUUGACCCGGAACUGGGACCCGACGGCUGGUUCUUCUCUGGUCGAAAUGGAUCCGCAGAACGGGAUCCCUUGUAUGGAUUCACCAAGUUGAGCCAAUUCUACUUCAAGGCGAAUCCAGGUUAUGAAGGACGUUACACGGUUCCGAUGCUGUGGGAUAAGAAGAAGGAAACCAUCGUGAACAACGAAAGUAGCGAAAUCAUCCGGAUGUUUUACAUUGGCUUCGACCAUCUUCUGCCGGAGGAGCUGCGUGAAAUUAGCCGGCCCGGCGGGGGAUUUUACCCUGCUCACCUGAGGCCGGAAAUCGAUGCGAUGAAUGAAUGGGUGUAUCACAAGAUCAACAAUGGGGUGUAUAAGACUGGCUUUGCCACGACUCAAGAGGCCUAUGACGAGAAUGUUUACCCGCUGUUUGAAGCACUGGACCGUGUUGAGCAGCACCUAGGGCAUCAGCCGUACUUGUUCGGGGAGAAUAUCACCGAGGCGGACAUCCGACUAUACACAACCAUUUGUCGGUUCGACGUGGCUUAUUAUCUGAUUUUCCGGUGCAACCUGAGGAUGAUCCGGCACGAUUAUCCGCGAAUCGACCGUUGGUAUCGACGGUUAUACUAUGAUGAAACGGAACGCACCCGAGGCGGAGCAUUUAAGAAGACGACCUUUUUGGAGCUUUAUAAGAUCAACUAUCUGAAGGCGUUAGGGAAGCGAUCGGGCAGCACUCAGACGAUUAUCCCUGCCGGUCCAUCUCCCGACAUCCUGCCUUUGGAGGCGUAG